UUAUCUAUGCUGUGUGGGAAGGAGACUGGCACAACUGUGUCCUGCACCAAGGACCCAGUGGGAGCGUGUCUGGUGUUGCCAUGGCUCCAAAUCAUCCUCUCGUAGCCACCACCACCCAUCAUCGGUAUCUUCAAGUUGCAGCUCUUCCCCAGAGGCUCAGCGAGAGUUCAGUCAACGAUGAUGCUGACCGCAGAAUUAUAGUCCCAACAACUAUAGCUCAAGCAGAGGUUCCUGGAUCGCCUCAGUGUGUCACGUGGGCUAUCUGUCAGGUGGCAGAAGAUGAUAAUCUAUUGGUGGUUGGUCUGGAAGAUGGAUCAGUCAUUCUCUAUCUGCUCCAUGCCUCUCUGAAGACCUCCAAUACUCAGCUCACACUUGUCCAGACGGAAAGGCCUCACGAAUCUCCAGUAGUUUACGUCACAGCUUCCCAAAGAUACGAGCCGGAAAAUAGUGGCCGAAUGUCUCUAGUAAUAACUGCUAGCGAAGAUUGCAGAAUCUUCAUAUUCCAUCUGACAAGGGCCGGAAAAACCACUAAACUGGAACCUUUUGGAUUUCACCAACUUGGAGCCGUUCCUGACAGAGUAGAAAUCAAAGAGACAGUCAUUCUAGUGGAGCAGAGGGAUGGCUUGGCAUUAGAAAUCCCAAUCUCAUCUGUACAAGACAAAAUAGAAGCCUCAGAAAUAUCUGUCACUGGUGAGGCCUCCACUGUUGGACACAGAGAAUCUCCAGACUCGUGGUUACUACAGCAGCAUUCUGACUGCAAGGAGGUCUGGAAAGGUUCGACCAUUGUGAGAAAAGAAUUGCUUGAAGAAGUAGCACAAGGUUAUUGGCCUGGAGAACAUCACACACUGAUCUUGACUGUGCCAUCACUAGAUGGAAAAACCAUGUUAGGAGUUACAUCACUUGGGCAAGUGGUACAUCUGCAUCAGUCACAGGAGUCCUACAGUAUCCGGCUUUCCAAAGAACCGUCAGUGAGUCCUCAGCGGUCAAGCGUUACUCCUCGGCGAUCCUAUAAAACUCUCAGAGCAGGUGACAUUCCGAGGGAAGAACAGAAGAGCGCCUCAGAUCUUAGAAUCAGUAGUCUAAGUCCCAGUUCUAUGAGAAAGUCGGAUCAUACAGCACUUCUGUAUGGAGAAAGGCCAUCCAGUGUCCUUUCUGAUGUGAGUCAAGAUGAAGAGCCUCAGGUUAAAAGUGACCUUGGGAGCAGAAGAAAUGUCAUAGGCUGCUUAAGCAAAGAUGGCAUGUGGAUAGCAGCCUGGGUCGAAGGGAAUGACUUGACUCUUUACUGUGCCAGUGGAUCAUCAUUCUCCAGUUCCACUUCUUGUGACCUGCAGCUUCGCCAAGUGGGCAUUCGAGGAGUGGUGAUCGCAGAGCCUGGCCCAAGCUUAGAACAACGGGCUCAAAAAGAAGCCGGUGAGAGGCUGAAGGUUGCCAUGGAAGAGGCAGCUUCUUUGCUCCAACAGAAACUCUCGAAAUUGAAGUGGGAUUUUAGAAAGGUGUCUCUCAGGUAA